UCAAUUACUAAUUCCUAUAAUCAUCAAUUAAUAAAUUCAGUUGAUUAAUUGCAUAUACACUCAAAGCAAGAUGGACUCUAACCAGAUGAGCUACAAUGCUGGACAGGCCAAGGGCCAAGCACAGGAAAAGACUAACAACAUGAUGGACAAGGCUAGCAAUGCUGCACAGUCUGCUAAGGAAUCAAUGCAAGAGACUGGUCAGCAGAUGAAGGCAAAGGCACAAGGAGCUGCUGAUGCUGUGAAGGAUGCAACUGGAAUGAACAAAUAAACUAAUUAUGUUUCAUUGAUGGAUCAUGAAUAUGUCAACAUUCAAUAAUUAGUUAUUUUCAAUUUUGUUUCAUUUUUUUUUCUGUUUUAAAGGGCAUUAUAUUAUAUGUUAAAUGAUGCUCUUUUUUUGUUUUGUAUUUUUUCUUUUUUGGGCAUUUUUUUAUUAGUGGUGCUCCUCUUUAGGAGUCUUGUGAAUAACACACUUCCAGUCCUCUAGGACUAUGUGAUGUAGUUUUCACCUAAUUCAUUAAUCAAUAAAUUAUAUAUUGAGUAUUAA